CUGGGAGGUGGGACAUCCUGGAAUGAUGGACGUGUUGAAGCGGAAGUGGCCGGAGUGAGAUUGUCGCGCAAAGAGAGCGGGAGGCGGGGAGGGUCCCACCGACUGUACAUCAGCGAUCUCAAAAUCCCCAGACUAGAUACAAAAAUAAACAGCGGUUAUAUUUAUGAUAAUUUAAACUUGAAUAGCCGUGUGCGAUACAUAAACGUCUGUGUUUAGAAUUACUAAUCCACAGGGUGGAGCAGAACAAAAAAAGCUGUUGUUCGCACGAGGGCAGCGGUAGCUAGCUAGCUAUCUUGCAAUCGCACCUCCGCUGAAAAGCAUCCUCACCACCGCCGAAUAGCUUGACGCCGAUUUCCAGGCAGAAUCUGUGGAAUAGCUUGUUGCUGCAGCUGCAUACAUCGAGGCUUGUUUACCAUCGACCGCCAGUGACCAGACGUGCCUACCCGGGUGGCGCCAACUAACAUCGUUAGCAGCCCAAAGGCAACCAAAGCACCUGCCCUGCGUCCUGAUCCCUUUUUAAAACGUGAAGUGUCCCUCCUUCCCCCCGAUCAUUUGACUACGUCAGAAUGAGCGGUGACGAGGUUAACCCAGCAGCAGUGCCUGUCCCUGUUCAGGACGUGCAGGGGGACGGGCGGUGGAUGUCGCAGCACACACGGUUUGUGCAGGAGUGCAAGGAUGCUGAACCGGAGGUCCUGUUUGUGGGAGACUCCAUGGUGCAGCUCAUGCAGCAAUAUGAGGUGUGGCGGGAGCUCUUCUCCCCACUCCACGCCAUAAACUUCGGCAUCGCGGGAGACACCACCUGCAACGUGCUGUGGAGACUGCAGAACGGGGAGCUGCAGAACAUCCGGCCCAAGGUGGUGGUGGUGUGGGUAGGAACCAAUAAUCACGAGCACACAGCGGAGCAGGUUGCAGGGGGAAUCCUGGCCAUUGCACAGCACCUCAUCUCCUGCCUCCCGCAGGCCAAGGUUGUGGUGCUGGGCCUCCUCCCCCGCGGCGAGCGGCCCAACCCCCUGCGGGCGAAGAACACCACGGUGAACGGGCUGCUGCGCUCCUGGCUGCCCCGCCUGGGCUCCACGCAGUUCCUGGACGUCAGCGCGGGCUUCGUGCACUCGGACGGCACCAUCUCCACCGGCGUCAUGUUCGACUUCCUGCACCUGACCGCCAGCGGGUACCGCAGCGUGGCCAAGCCCCUCAGCGACCUGCUGCUGCAGCUGCUGGACGAGACGCCUGAGGAGAGGAGGGCCUCACUGGUGUGAGGGGGAGAGGGGAGAGAGAGAGAGAGAGAGGGGAGAGAGAGAGAGAG